AUGAAUGAAUAAUUACGAUUUAUUAAACUUGAAGAAUCUAUCGAACAACUGAACAAAUCAUUUCUUCCUCAUCUUAAUUAGAUUUCUUAGAUGUAAUAAAAAUUGUCAGCUUUGGAUGUGUUUAUUACAAAUAAUCCAAGGGUUGAUUUGAUGAGUGAUACAAUCUAACUUUUAAACUCAUAAUUAAAGAUCUAAGAGAGACUUAGCUCAAUAGAAUCAUAGCAUUCAAAAUUUACAAUUCGUUAUGAUGAAAUUCUUAACAGACAUUCUGUUUAUAUUAUGUAAAUCUAACCUUGGAUUGAUGAAAUGCAUAGGUUAAAAUUUAUAUAUAUUAUCAUAGUAUUUUAGAAGAAGCUAAAUAAAAUAGAGAAAUAAAUAAUCAGAUGAGAAUCAAUUUUAAAGAAAUGAAUUAAAAAUAUAAAGAAUAUACAGGAAUCUUGUUGUAAAAUGAUAGAUUGACUUAAAACUAUAAAACUCGUCUUGAUUAAUUUGAAACAUCAUUGACUUCUAAAAUAGAUCAUUCAGAAAUAACAAAAAUUUAAGAUUUAAUGAGAAGAGACUUUGUGACUUGUAUUGAAUUGGAUAAUAUCAAAAAUUAGAUUCAACAAAGAAUAGAUAGAUUAUAAGGAGAGAUGGGAACUAAAUAAUAAAUGGAUAUUAUUUAGGAUAACAUUUAAUUUAUUAAAGACAGAUAGAUUUCUGUAUUAAAUGAAUUAGUUGAUAAAAAAGUUGAUGAUUUAGCUAAUAAUAAAUUAAAAGUAUAUGCGACUAAAAAUGAUUAGAGAGUUUUUGAAGAUAGAGUUAAUUAAGUUUGUAAGAUAUUAUCAGAGAAAAUAUUAAUGAUAUAAAAAGAAACAACAGAAGAACAAAAAUUAAUAUAAGAAUAAAUUAAGGAGUAGAAUUCAAAAUUAAAUGACUUUAAAUAAUAAUUAAGUGUCAUCAACUCUACAUUUUAAAAAGUUGUAAUGAAAGACGAAUUAUAAAUUGCUAUAUAAAAAACAUAACGUUUGUAAAGAGAAUCUGAAUAUCUUAAUGAGAAAUUAGAAUCAAUAAGUGCUGAAAUAUUUGAAUAAAAAGUAUCAUUUCAAGCAUUUAAUAAAUAAAAGAAUUUUGAAAUUCAAAAUUUGCAUCACUAGCUUAUUCAAAAAGAAGGAGAAAGUGUAACAUAUUGUGAUAGUCCAAAAAGAGCUGAUGUUUCAUAAGAAGAAAUAGAUAGUGCUCAAUCUUCUCCUAGAAAAAAAGCUAGAAAAUCUGCAAUUCUUUAAAGAUAAGGAUCUAUCCUUACUUCAGACAUGAUGUAACGAAUAUUUUAAAGAUCAGAUAUUAGAAUUUAAGAAUUAUAAAAUUAAUUAGAUGAAAUUAGAUAGAAAUUGCCUAAAACAAGUAAAUUUCAAGAAACUAUUACGUCGCCUAUUUCUGACACAAUAAACAUAAGAAUGGAAUAUUUUAACUAAAUGAUAAUUUAAUUACUUGAUGAAUCUAAAAAAAUCAAGACUUAAUUUGAAUUUAUAAAUUAAUAGAUAAUGACACUCAAUAAUAAGCCUCAAUUAAAGGAAGAUACGCUCUAAUAAAUUGAUGAAAAAUUGAAAUUUGUUCAAGAAUUGGAAUUUAAACUUGAAUAAAAAUGUGAUUCAUCUUUAGUAAUUCCUAUUUUAGAUUAAAAAGCUAAUGCUUAAGAAUUUAUAGAAAUAAAGUAAUUGUCUAAGUAAUUGAAAUAAUGUGUUCUUGACACAAUAAACAGCUUAAGAUCUUUUUUUUCUUCUGAUUAAAAUGAUUAGAUUAAAGAUUUGUUGAUAAAUUAAUUAAAUCGAUAUCUUUGUUAUUUUGUGAGAUAAAUUGAUGGCCAUCAACAAACUUAAAGUGAUUCCUAAUAAACAUAAUAAACAAAAUAUCUUUAGCCAAAAUAUACUGCUUAAAGAAUGAAAUCAUAUUCAUCUUGCUCCAAAAGAAGAGAUACUGAUUAUGAAAUAAGAGGUAGAACAGUUAAUCGAAAUAUUACAGAGACAGCUGUUUAUAACUCAUUAAGAUCAUCUCCUUUGGCAUUUAGAUUAGUGAAUUAAAAUAAACAGAGUGCAAAAAUAGUGAAAAGAAUGAAAGUUUAAUGA